AGUCCGUAAAGGUUCAACCAAUUUUUUUUUACAGCGUAGUGUCUGUGGCUCCAUAAUUAAUUGUAGCUAUCUGUCUCCUAUCGAUGUGUUGUAAAGAACAUGAAAUAGUUUUUAUUAGCAGAGUUGCCGGUGUAAGAUAUUGAGAUAUAACUGUGCUGCUGCUUAUUGCCAUUUGACCUUGCGUGUGAUGUUGGAUAUGGGAGAACGGAAAGAAGUGAAAAUGAUUCCUAAAUCAUCUUUCAGUAUAAACAGUCUGGUGCCUGAAGCCGUCCAAAGUGACAACCACCACAGAACCGUGUCAGAAGAAGAGGGGAAGAGCCCUUUACCUUCUCUAGUGCAAGAUGCAAAGUCAGAGAACAUUUGCACCAAAAGUGACAAUUCGUCCAAUGAAACCACUUGCAUGGACGAAAAGGAAAAACAGGAAGAGAAGAAGGAUAGCAAAGAGGGAGAGAGCGGUGGGAAAGACGGUGAAAAGAAAAACGGCAAGUACGAGAAACCACCAUUCAGCUAUAAUGCUUUAAUUAUGAUGGCUAUUCGGCAGAGUCCGGAGAAACGACUAACUCUGAACGGUAUUUACGAAUUCAUUAUGAAGAAUUUCCCCUAUUACCGGGAGAACAAGCAGGGUUGGCAGAAUUCCAUCAGGCAUAACCUUAGCCUAAACAAAUGUUUUGUUAAAGUCCCGCGGCACUAUGAUGACCCGGGUAAGGGGAACUACUGGAUGCUUGACCCCUCGAGUGACGAUGUGUUUAUCGGUGGGACAACAGGCAAACUUCGCCGGAGAUCGACCACAUCCAGGGCAAAGUUGGCUUUCAAGCGGGGUGCUCGUCUUACUUCCUCUGGGUUGACCUUUAUGGAUAGAGCCGGCUCUCUAUAUUGGCCAAUGUCACCAUUUCUUUCGCUUCACCAUCCGAGGGCCAGCAGCGCAUUGAGCUACAAUGGGACAUCAUCGGCUUACCCUAGUCAUCCUAUGUCCUACAGUACAAUGUUGACUCAAAACAGUUUGGGGAACAACCAUUCUUUCCCUUCUUCCAAUGGCCUAAGUGUUGACAGACUUGUGAAUGGAGACAUUCCGUAUGCCACUCAUCACCUAACGGCGGCGGCAUUGGCGGCCUCUGUGCCAUGUGGUCUAUCAGUGCCCUGCUCCGGGACAUACUCUUUAAACCCAUGUUCGUCCAUAAACCUCCUUGCAGGACAGACCAGUUACUUUUUCCCCCAUGUCCCGCAUCCAUCAAUGACCUCCCAGAGCAGCGCUUCGAUGGCGGCCAGGGUUGCCUCCUCCUCCUCCUCCCCGCAGGCGCCCUCAUCUCUUCCCUGUGAGUCUUUAAGGUCUUCGCUACCAAGUUUCUCUUCAGGACUUUCUGGAGGACUUUCUGAUUACUUCACACAUCAUAAUCAAGGGUCAACUUCAAAUCCACUUAUACACUAACAAAACAUCCCUCGGGAGCAAGACUGUAAGUGAACAUUUUACACCCGUUUACAUUCUAAAACAUAUAAAGAAAAGAUAAAGUAAACAAAGAGAAAAACAUAAUGAAAGCAGCCAGAACUGAAGUCCAGGUAUUUUUUUGUAAUAUUCUGCAUUUAUUUCUGUGUACGUAGGCAUAUGUCAUGUUUCGGGGAGUUGUUUAUUAUUCCACCGUCAGCAACGUGCAAUGUGAUAACAAAAAAAAUAAGAGUAAAUGUAGGUUUUGGACUGAGAGGCAUUACCUUAGAAUGUGUAUUUAAAUAGUCUGCAGAUUUGCCUAAUUUUAAUAUUAAGAAUAUCUAAUACCAUCACAUCAACCACCAGUCUCCAUGUUUGCAGUAUUAUCACGUAUCAUGAGUGCACUGGUGGAAUAUGAUUUUUGCAACAACAAAAAAAAUAACACUAAUUUGUAUUAUUUUUCCUUUUGAAAUAAAUGUGUUUUUAAAUGCAGAAUAACCAUACCAACCCAUGGCUCUUUGUUAUUUUGUCCUCUCCCAUAAUGAACAAAUUAGGCUAGUACUUUAUGACAUUCAUUUAUAUAUUACAUUUUCACAAUACUGUUAUACUUUAUAGACCAAAGAAUGGGUUUAGAAAAAAUACUUGAGAAUUUCAGUAUUCAGCACCAGAACAGAUUCAGAAGGGGACAAAAUGAAUGAAUGCCUUUAGCUUGUGUUGUGCAUAUUUUACUGAAUGUGGUCACCACCAGACCACAUCCUUUUGUACUUAGUGAACUGUCAAUACCUAUUGUAAUUAUAGGUUCACUUCGCGAACGUGUAACCCGUGUUGAGCAAACGCCUCAUGCAAAUAUGGAGUGAUUGUUUAUGUUGUCUUUAAAUUUCAUGGUUGUGAUAUUGUGGUCUUAUUCCCGUGUUUUGUCGCUAAAACUGUCAAUCGAACAAAAUAAAAUAAUAGGUUACGUCCAUA